AUUGAUAGCCAGCUCAGCGUCCACUAUGGAGAAAUCACAGUCAGAAGACUACCUCAGAUCAUUACUUAACAAGACUCUACGGGUCACAACCUCCGACUCCCGGAUGUUCUUGGGCCAAUUCAAAUGCACAGAUUCGGUAUGCCCUACCUUUUCCCUCAACCCUUUGCCUUUCCUAAGCCCUAACAAUUUGUAUAGGAGCGCAAUACAAUCCUCGCUCAAACCUUCGAAUAUCGGAUCCCUCCAGCGCCGAAAAACAUUUCCGGCGAUGAAGCUGUGACUUUAGAUAUGACAAGCCGAUAUCUGGGCUUGGUGGUUGUGCCGGGGGAAUACAUUACCAAGAUUGAGGUUGAGGAAUUUGCAAGCCAGAUGAGAGGCCAAAAUCAACAAUCGGGAUGA